GAAGCUUUUGUAAGCAGAAGAAAAAGAAAGAGGAUAAGGAAGGUGAAGAUACGCGAGAAAGGAUAGAGAGAAAGCGGGAAAAAUGGCUUUACUUACUCUCACAGCAGCCUCCGGUCGAUGUUUCUUCAAGCCACAAUCGCCAUCGCCAUCGCCAUCGCAGCUAAGCUUUGUUACAUCUCAGUUAACCGGCAUCAAACUUUCCAUCCCUAAAUUUGUACUUACAAAGCCAAUUUCUGCUCCAUUCAACCCCUGUCUUCAACCUGUAGCUCGUAGAAUUUGUCCAUUCACAGGGAAGAAAGCAAACAGAGCUAACAAGGUUUCUCAUUCGAACCACAGGACAAAGAAGUUGCAGUUUGUGAAUUUACAGUACAAGAGGAUAUGGUGGGAAGCUGGAAAGCGAUUCCUCAAGCUGCGGUUAUCUACUAAAGCGAUUAAGACAAUUGAGAAGAAUGGAUUGGAUGCUGUUGCUAAGAAAGCUGGAAUUGAUCUUACCAAAGCGUAGAUAAUUGUUCAGUCGCUACAAACUUUGUUGUUUAAUUCUGCUGAAAAUUCUUGUUUAAUUCCAUCAUGUUACACUCUUAGUUUGUGAUGAAUCGAUUCGUAUUACAUUAUAAUAUGUGUGCACUA